AUGCCGGCAAGGGCCUCGUCCGACCGUCACCUUGCUGCCUGUAACCACUACUACAACUACCACAACAACCACUACAACUACCACCACAACAACCACCACCACCACAACAACCACCACUUCAACAACCACUUCAACAACCACUUCAACAACCACUUCAACAACCACUUCAACAACCACUUCAACAACCACUUCAACAACCACUUCAACAACCACUACAACCACCACUACAACUACCACCACAACAACCACCACCACUACAUCAACCACUACAACCACCACUUCAACAACCACUUCAACAACCACUUCAACAACCACUUCAACAACCACUUCAACAACCACUACAACCACCACUACAACUACCACCACAACAACCACCACCACUACAUCAACCACUACAACCACCACUUCAACAACCACUUCAACAACCACUACAACCACCACUACAACCACCACUACAACCACCAGUACAACCACUACUACGACCACCACAACUACAACGACCACCAGUAG